CCGAAAUGCGAGUGUGGCCGGCAUCGAAAUCGCACCAGCCUGUCAGCUAACUGUAUAGGAAGAAGCCAGAGCAAAGACCAGAACCAGAACCAGCAGCAGAAGCAUACAGAGGAUAAAAAUGAAAAUCUUGUGGCAUUGCCGUUAAGCCACCACCAUCGUGGGUGACUGAAUUUAGUUGGUGCAGACUUUUUCGUGCGAUAAGACGUGUAUUUGUCCCUUCAUAUCUUUUAACGGAAAUUAUAGAAGACGCGUGAGCAAUAUUUCAUUCAGCCUCAACAUUUUUAUUAUUAUUAUUUUUCGGUUCGAAUAAAAUAAUAAUAAAAAAAAACAUAUCAAAAACAAAAGGAAAUAGAAAACAAAAAUUGUUGUUUUGUGUGGUACAUAUUUUUGUGAGAAUUUAAAUAUUAUUUGUACUGAAAAAAAAAAAUUGAAAAAGUUUUUAAGAUUGUUGUGUUUUGAAACAAAUUGUGUUGCAUACAAAUUAAAAGUUAAAUUUUUGAAGUGUAAAAGUUAAAAAAUUUAAAAAAAAUUAGUUAUUAAAAAUUUUAGAGUGUUAAGUGAAACUUUGUGAAUCUGUAUAAAAGUGUUAUAGGUGACUUAAGGAACCAAUAAGUAUUAUAAACAUAAAAUCUCUUGGAAAUAGUUUUUAUAAACAAUAAUUUGUUAAUUCAAAUGGAUAAUCUGCUGUGUCCUGUCCGAAGCUAGGAUCUCCUUAUCGUCGUAAUAAUAUCGACGCAGCAGUCAACAAGCAAGCUGUCAUCAUUGUCAUCGUCAUCGUCGACGUCGUAGUGGUAGUUGGUAGUUAUAACCGUUGUUCUUGUCAAGUUGUCAAGCCGAGGAACAUUUAAUCCUUAAACCAGUAACCACUAACCGCAUAAGGAUAUCAUCGUAUCGGCAUUAUAUCGUAUGGUAUCGUAUCGCUACGACAUCAUCAGCAGCAAAUCGAUUGCGCUAGUGGAAUUUCAAUAAGGAACGGAUAAAUCAUUCCAACGUUCCCGUUCCUCAUCGCCUUGCCUUGGUUAUACAUUUUUUUUUCUGUCCACUAUCCUGCCAAUAUGAAGAUGUCAAAGCUAUCGAACCAGACCAACUCACAGGACCCACAGGCGGUUAAUUCACGGGUAUUCGUUGGCAACUUGAAUACGUUCCAGUGCUCGAAAACGGAUGUUGAACGUAUGUUCCAGAUAUAUGGCCGAUUGGCAGGAAUCUCAAUGCACAAGGGAUAUGCAUUCGUACAAUUUACAAAUCCAUUCGAUGCGCGCAAUGCCUGCCAUGGAGAGGAUGGACGGACAGUCCUUAGCCAAACUUUGGAUGUCAACAUGGUUGCUGAACCAAAACCACACCAAGUUGGCCGGAAACGACAAAAUAUUACAAAAACAGGAAAUGACUGGGACUACUACUAUGACAGCUACUAUUCAUCGACCCUAUUCCGGGCAGCUGGUGCUCGUCCCAAGAAGCGUAAACGGUUAAUGACACCACAAGCCCGAUUGUUGACCGAUUCGGUAAAUAAUGGCACUCUGAAUGCGGCUGUCGUAGCCGCAGCCGCCCAACAGCAGCAACAGCAACAACAACAACAGCAACAUCAGCAGCAUGCUGCUGCCGCUGCAAUGGCAGCUAUGGCCAAUCUACUACCCCAGCAACAACAGCUUAUCUUGCAUCAGCAAAGUUUACUAUCGAAUGGAGCCGCUGCUGCUGCUGUGGCUGCAGCUGCUAAUGGAAUGGUUAAUGGAGUAGGUGGUGCUGGGUCGGGCACUACACCCCAUCACAGUUUGAAUGCGUUUUUACAGCAGCAGCAGCAGCAACAACAACAGCAGCAACAACAGCAGCAGCAUCAGCACCAGCAACAACAACAUCAAUUUGCUGGACUCCAUUUGAAACCAACCUCACCCACAAUCAAUGCACCUCCGUCGGCAGUUCUUUCUACAGUAGUGCCAUCCACAUCGUCGGGCAUCACAAAUAAUAAUCCGUUGACGACAACGGCCGUAACUAUGGCGAAUUGUGAACCAAUGUCAACAUUGUGUGUAAAUAGUUCAUCACUGAUGCAGCAUCAGCAGCAGCAGCAGCAACAACAACAGCAGCAGCAGACGAACCUUAAACAGCACCAACAACAACAGCAAAUGCAGCAACAACAGCAAUUGUUUCAACAACAAUUGCUGCAGCAACAACAACAGCAACAGCAGAAUCAGCAACAACAGCAAACACAGUGGGGCCCAUUCAAAUUGUACAGUAAUCCGGACACAUUAAUUUGUGGCAACUGCAGAGAAUGCUUCUCGGACCUCGGUGAAUUAUUGGACCACAAAAGGACUUACUGUAAAUUAAGGUUUACAUGCAAGUGCCAGGACAUAGCAUUAGCAUCAAAAAAUCCACCCGCGGGAGCUAAACUUUUAUGUGCAGUUUGUAAGGAUGCAUUCACAAAUCCCUGGGAUCUGAUGGUGCACGCUCAAGCUGCCCACAUGGUGAACAUCUAUGAGCUGGGCAAUGAGGCAUCAGAUACCACAAACACUGCAAAUAUCAGCAACAAUAAUAAUAACAACAACAACAAUUCUAACAGUAUCAACAAAAACAACAAGGAAAUAAAUGGAAUCAGCCAAAUGAAUGGUACAUCUGUAACGGAAAGUGACGUUUGUAUUUCAACAGCGUGUGCUAACGCUAGUGUUGGAAAUGGAACUAUUAUUGGUACUGGAAGUAGAAAUGGAUCUGGUGGAGGCGAAUUAGUGCCAUCCGUUGGACUAGUGAUGCCGCCUAAAGUCAAUGGCACUCUAAAUGGCAGCUUUCCGGGCGAUGGCAAUGCCAGUGAUGGUGAUGGCUCCUGCAUGGAAAUCAAUGGCGGGAUGAUGUGCAGUCCGAAUGGUUCAAUUCCCAAAGAGGAAAUUCAUUCAGAUGGCGGCGCAUCUCUGGACGGACAAAUGUCAAUCUCAUCGCCAACUCAUCACUCCGAUGACAUGAUGAAACUUAAUGGAUCGGUGUCAUCACGUGGCAGUUCACCAUCACUGGAACCAUUGGACGAUCAACCACGAGCCUGUAUUGUUCGUACACUAAGCAUUGAAGCCACAAGCCCACCAAAUGCCACAGCAGCAGCAGCGGCAGCUCUUGGGCUAAUGACCACAAGUCUGGCUAUAAGCUUAACGAAUGGCACUGCCACUGUAUCCCCCCAGUAGACAACAUCCAGCCCAAUAAAUGACGGAUAGAGGGUGCGAUAUUCAGAUACAGAUACGUAAAAACAAGAUUAUAUACACAUAUAUUUAACAAAAUCCAAAAAUAAAACAACAAAUUCGUUGCCAGAGAGCGAAACAAAUAAUACCUACCAACAAAAAAAAAAAAAAAAACAGUAAAAAAGGAUACAAAAAAAAUUAUUAAAUAAAUGAAUGUUGUUCCCAAUUAUCACCGAAAUGUUAUCCUGUUGUAGUUGUUAUGUGUUUGCAUUUUUGUUCCUUGGAAUUUUUGCGUUAAUAAUUUAUUUAAUAUUUUUUUUUUAAUUGUGUUGUGUCAGUUUUUGGGAUAUAAUGAGUCCUUUUUUUUUAUUAAAUUGCUUGUCGGAUAUGGAAUUUUGGUAUGGACGAUGGACGCGAGCUGAUGUUUGAACCAAAAUAUUAAUAUCUUGGAUAUACUCGUAUAUAUGUACAUUUAUAGGAAUUUUAAUUGCAUGCUUUCCGGUUGCCAGUAGGAGGGUUAUCAAUCACAAUAUAUACCUACUACGAGUAGAACAUGCAUUUUAUCAGAGAUUCAUAUCAUGUGUUGGGGAUACCGACAUGUAUGUAAGUCCUCGUUGUUUCGUUACCUGGAUAUAGGGAAAAUUGGUGUAUCAUCAGAUGGGUUGAUGGGGUUGAUUUUAAGCCGAUCAGGGAAGGACUUGGACAUUUUAUUUAAUUUUUGUUGUUUUUUUUUCUUUCUGUUGGAAUUGGAAUGAGGAGGGGAUUACUUGUGAAUGAGAUGAUUUUUCGUUGUUGGGAUUGUUUUUGUAUAAAUAUGACCAAAGGUCACUUGCGUAUCAAUGUUGUAAUGACUAUACACAACGAUGAUUAAAUCCUUGUUUGUUUUUAACAACAAAAAUAUAAACGAGCAGAUUACAACUCAAAGAGUUAUAAUCACACUAGGAUGUUUUUUUUUGUUUUUAAUUUUACUUUUUUCAUAUUUCAUUUUGAAUUGUAUCAUUUGGGAGAUUAAAAUUCAUAUUUACAUGUUAAACAAAUAAACUUACAAUCAAUUAAAAUGAGUUACAAUUAGAUUUGCAUAAAUUUUGUUGUAACUAAUUUAAAAAAGAAGAAAACUAAAGUCAAAUUAAUAACUGUGCAUUUAAUAAUACGUACUUUGAAAAUGUAUACAAUACCGAAAAAAAAUACUCUUCUUGUUUGAAAAAAAAUAAAUAAUAUACAAAUAAUAAUCUUUUCUUCAUUUUUGGUUCUAUUGGUCAUUGAGAUAUCAUUUGAUUUAAAAAAAAUGUCCAAUAAGAUCUUACGUGUGCAUCAGAUCUAAAGUUAACAUUUGUCUGCUCUUAUUAUGUCUACAACGUAAAAGGUACAAAUACAAUUCUUAACAAAGUGCGCAUACGCCUAAGUGAU